GACGUGAGGCGGUGCUAUGAGUAGGAAGCAGAGGCAAGGAUGGGAAGAGAUUAGUGCUGUGCGCUGUGGGCUCAUCACUCAGUGAAAGGACACUCUGCAAACAACAAGAUCUCACAGUCGCAGGAGAACCGGGAAAGGUGCGAGUUUCACUUUAGGGAUAUAUAACACUCACUGGAAAAUGCUUUGGACUUUUCAGACCAGGAUAAAUUGUUUGAACAACUUCUAACUAUGGAUUGACAGCAAAGUGAGAACAGAAGAACCGGAUCUAAGAAGGUUCUGAGAGACUUUAUUUUUUUGCUUUCCUGUGUAUAUUGUGCUAAAAGAGUAGGUUAAUCAAUGUAAAACAUUCAUUUUAAAAACAUGUUGUAAUUGCAUAUGGUUUUAUUCUUAGUCCGUUCCCUGCCCCAGAUACUGCCCAUCUGCAUGGUACCAAGGAAAUUAGAUAGCCAUCUGUGAAAUAUUGGAAGACAUGACAGAUGUAAACCGACCUUUGUAGGAUUUCAUAGCAGAGGGCUUCCUGUAUCAACUGUGCUGGCGCUGUUUCUAGUGUAAUCCUUUUUAUGUGCAACAAAAAGAAUGACUUUUACAUCUUGUGUGGUUUUGAUCUCACUCUUGGUUCGGCUCUCGGGGGCUAUUUGUCCUCAAGGCUGCCUGUGCAUCUCUGACGUAUUGAACUGUGGUUCCUCAGGUCUGGAUAGAUUCCCUAACCCGCUUCCAUUCACGACUUCUGUCCUGGACCUCAGUCAUAACAGACUAACAUGGCUGGCAGCCGGCAGCUUCUACGGGCUCCCAAGGCUGCACACUUUGCAUAUGUCCCAUAACCGCAUCUCCUUGCUCAGCCCGGGAGCAUUCCAUAACAUCAGCAGACUUCGAUACCUGGACCUCUCUUCCAACAAAUUGCAAGUGGUGGGGAAGUAUCACUUCCAGGACCUGCCAGCCUUGGAGGUGUUGUUGCUGUACAACAAUCGUCUUACCCGUGUGGAGAGCAACACUCUAAUGGGACUCGGCAGCCUGAGGAAGGUUUACUUCAGCCUCAACCAGAUCACAGAUUUCCCGUUCUUCUCAAUUGGGAAGCACAGCCACCCCAACCUGGUUACACUGGACCUCUCCUCAAACCGCCUGUUUCGUUUGCCUAUAGAUGACAUUGUAGUGUUGCCCGCUGCAGUGCAAAGAGGCCUGUUCCUGCACAACAACAGUCUGGAGUGCGAUUGCUCUAUGUACCGCAUGUUUUGGCACUGGGAGCUGAAGGGAUAUCCAAGUGUGGAAGACUACAAGGAUGUCUACAAGUGUCUGAUGUACGGUGAGCCUCAAAUUUCAAUUAACUUUCUGCGCUCUUCGCACUUCUUUGAGAACUGUACGAUUGGAAAAAUUAUAUCCCUGAUAUCCCCGAAGGCUGAUAAAAUUGUUUACGAGGGUGAACAAGUGAGGCUGGACUGCACUGGGACCCUAAACGGAGAAGACCUGUCUUACAGCUGGAUCACUCCUCAUCAAGAAAACAUCUCUCAGCUGAUCCAGAACGGAUCUCUACGUCUCAAUCAAGAUGGCAGCUUGGACAUUCUAGCUGCCCAGUCCAUAGAUUCGGGGGUCUACCAGUGCACUGCUGUGGAUAACACAAGGAUGAUCAAUGAGUCACGAGAAGUGAAUUUAACGGUGGUAGCCCAGCGCACGGAGGAGCCGUUCAACAUAGGCUACACCACUCUUCUUGGCUGUGUGGUAACGCUUGUCCUCAUACUGAUGUAUCUGUAUUUAACCCCAUGCCGUUGUGGUUGCUGCAAACCUCCUCCUUCCUCUCCGGCCAUCUCAACCUCUGGGGAAGACCGCUGCACUCUGGCAUCUAUCUUUGCAGCUCCUUCGACUGAUCGACUCAAGAGCAAGUCUCAGUUGGAAAGGCACGUAGUGUUCCUUGAGCCACUCCUGAUGGGGAAAAAUGGCCAUCCAUUUGUCGUUGAACAGUCUACAAUUGAAUGGGACACAGAAAACUUCAUAAUUAGAGAAAGAAAUGACUCUGAGUAGCAAAUCUGUGACGUCGAAAUCCUGCAGAAUUGCUUAAGCCUGUUUGAAUCAUAAGGACAAGUAUCACAAAUUAAUCUCUCAUAAGUCCCUAAUAAAUUAUUUAGAUCCUCCGA